AUGUCGUUCCAGCCAUCCUCUCUCCCGCUUUCGAGGGAUGGACCUCCGAGUCGCAGAGGACUCUCGGGGUUGGUUCUCAAGUUCUGGGGCAGGCGUUCCUCUCGAAGCGCUCGACAGUCUCCGAACCCUGAACACAUGGCUGCAACUUCCAGGGCACAUGUGCAUGAUCUCCUACCCGCUCAGACGACUCAGGAUCCUCACUGCUCCCACUCCCACUCCCGAACCAAAUCUUCCAAUUCAAGCAUUCCGAAGAUGAAUUCGAUUAUCAUAACCGAACAGCUGGACCCAAAGUUUGUCGACGAACGAAUCGCCGAUGCUACCAAAGGUGUGGCAGGCAUGAAGAAUGUCCCAGAAAUGGUCGAAAAUACUGCUUCAGCCACCAACAACCUACUGUCAAUUCCCUCGGAUACCAUCGAUACGUUCUCCGCGAUCUUGAACCAUUGA